CUAAUAUGUUACCUUAUGUUGGAUAUUUAAAAAGAAAAAAUUACCUUUUGAAAACAUACAACUCUGGAACCAGUUGCAAUAUUGGUCUCGUGUGGUGCAGUGGAGAAAUAGCAGCAUUAAUUCUAGCAAGAGGUGGAUCUAAAGGUGUUAGAUUAAAGAAUCUGCAAACUGUGGGUGGUACAACUUUACUUAGACGGGCCAUAAACACAGCACUGAAAGCAGGAAUCAAUGAUGUUACAGUCUCUACAGACCAUCCUGUUAUAGCUUUGGAGGCAAUAAAAAGUGGGGCAUCGUUAUUUCAUCGCAGUAGAAUAACAGCUACUGACGGGGCGCCAUCAAUUUGGGGUGCUUCCGAAUUUUUAGCUGCAAAACCACACGUAACAGUUUUAGUUUUAAUUCAAGCCACAUCACCUUUCACCCAAGCAUCACAAGUUCAGCAUGCUGUAAAGAAAUUAAAUUCUCCUAAAGCAUACGAUUGUGUUUUUUCAGUUGUAAAAAGCUUUAAAUUGCGAUGGCGUUAUGACAACAGCGAUUAUGUUACUGCUCUAAAUUUUCAAAUUGAAGCACGCCCGAGAAGGCAAGAUUGGAAUGGAGAACUAGUAGAAACCGGUGCUUUUUAUAUAACUAGGCGAUUCUUAAUAGAAAAGGGUAGCUUUCAAAAUAAUAACGCUGUCUGCCGUUUGCCGCCAAAACGUAUGGUCGUCGGAGGUGGGAGUCCGCUUUUUCUGCAACGCCGUAGAGCAGCACUGCAGCGCUGGUUAACACUAGUCGCCAGGCAUCCUGUUCUUGCUCACGACGCUGACCUUCGCACUUUCCUAUGCGAGACCACUGUAAGACUCGAUAAACCCAAGCACGAUGAGUUCAUGUUGGCUGGCAGUCAAGAAGAUAUCCCGAGAGAUAUGACAACGGAAGAUAUGCAGGCAGCGUUUGUAUGCGAACAAGAGCAGCUACGUUUAAUACAAUUGGGUCUGGGGAGACUGUUUAAAAUAUGUGAAAAAGUGGAAAGUCGAUCUGAGGCGGAGCGAGCGGACAUUCGGGAAUUAGGGGCAGGUUUGAACGCCCUGUCGGCGCCGGUAGCGGCCGAUUCGCCGCGGUGGUCACAUGUUAAGGAAUCUUUGAGAGCGGCUGCCCAGUUAGCAACAGAGAUGGGCGAAGCUCGUAACGGGAUCGAGGAGGCGGAGUUCACGGAGGAGGGCGCGGGCGGGCGCGUGCAGCUGGCGCUCGAGGCGCUGGGCGCGUUCCGCGAGCUGUGCGCGCGCCUCACGCGCGGCCUGCACGCCGAGCGCGCCGCCGCCGCCGCGCACGCGCCGCACUCGCCCGCCGCGCACGCGCUGCGUCUCCGCCACGGGUACGCGCUGCGCGCCGCGCUCGAGGAAGCACGGGUGGGACGCGCAUAUGCUUUGGGCGCGCUGGAGUCACUGCCGGAGUUGUUCGGUGCGCACGGUGAAAUGCGUGCACGUGCUGCCGCACUCUGGUCAGCACUCAACGCCGCGCUCGCACCGACGCCUGCGCGUGCGCACCAACCGCGCCUCUACAGGGGCCCUGUACAUGGACACUCGUAAACGGUACGGCCAUGGUGAUACUAUUUAUUACAGGCAGUCCUCGUACUUACGGCAUGUUAGGUUCUCGAAAUACGCGACGUAAAUCGAAACGACGU